CUUGUCCAAUUAAAUUAUGUUUCUUGACACUGUGGUAGCUCCAGAAGUUCUUGGUCCAGAAAAGUAUGACAGAUCCUGUGACAUGUGGUCUCUGGGUGUCAUUAUGUAUAUUCUACUUUGUGGAUAUCCUCCUUUCUUCUCUCAUCACGGUCUGGCAAUAUCUCCAGGAAUGAAAAGACGCAUCUGUAAAGGACAAUAUGAGUUUCCUAACCCAGAGUGGUCUGAUGUGUCUGAAGAAGCCAAACAGCUGAUCUGUCACUUACUGAAAACUGAACCCACCCAGAGAAUGAGCAUCAGUGAGUUCAUAAACCAUCCGUGGAUCAAUCAGUCAGUGGAGAUCCCACAAACGCCUCUUCACACCAGCCGUGUGCUGCACGAGGAGCAAGAUGUCUGGGAGAAGGUGAAGGAGGAAAUGACAAAUGCCCUGCAAACGAUGAGAGUGGACUAUGAUCAAAUAAAAAUCAAAACUAUCGAAGACUCAACUAAUCCUCUACUGUUGAAGAGAAGAAAGAAAACUAAAAACACAGCCGUGCAGAAUCCUGGCUAGUCCAUAAAAACUUAACACAUAAUUCAAACUUUACAAAAUAAAGUUAUAUUUAGACACACACAACCACGUGCAUACAAUUUUGCAGACAAAAGCUUUUGAGAACUUUGGGGAAGGCGUACUUUGUGGCAUUGUGGUGGUUUGAACAUGUUUGUAGCAAUUUUUAUCUCUUUUUGUAAACAAUGGAUUGAAAAAAAUUUUAAACAUGAAAUUCACCAAGGCAUUGUGAUAAAUGUGUCGCAAAGAAUUUUGACCUCAAUUGUGUUUAAUUUUUUUUUUCUGAAGCUUGUUUUCUAUCAAUACAGAGAACACACAUCUACUCUAUGUUCUGUACAUUAGGACGGUUUCCAUUGUGUACACACUCUGUGAAUUAUUUCACAGAGCUUUGUUGUCUAGUCACACAUUGUUUUGGAUUAUUUUUUUUGGAUGCUUGAGGAUGCUGCUGAGAAAGUUUUCUGGCAUCGUUCGUAAUUGUCAGUGGAAUGACCCUGACCAAAACCGCAGCUUGUGUUUUAUGUUUUGACUGAACACAAGAGCUUCUCUGUGCCACAAAGCUGGAGUUUUCUCGCUACACUGUGGUAGUUAAAAUGCAUUAACCAUCUGUAGCAACUGUGCCUGUGAGACGAGUGAUAAUUGUGUUUGAUUGACAAAACUAUGCUGCUAAUUGAACUUGUCACGCUUCUGUUGGAUUUGUUUUCGUCAGAGCAGAAAUUGAAACUGUAGUACACAAACUGAAAGACAUGGAAAGAGAGUGGAUGGCAAGAAACCAUUAGCUCCAAGCAAUAGUGUUUAAAAGCACAGUGAUUGCCCUUCACUAUUAUCCUGUCUGUCGUUUACUCUGAAUUAAAUCUCUUGAUUUUCUCUGUGGUUUUUGCAUGUUGUUUGAUCAGUUCUGUAAAUCACUGCUUUGUUGUUUCCAUUAAAUGAAGAACAGUUUUGGCGGCAUGUGAUAAAGGCAAAGGUUAUUUACAUUGAACUAGUUCUAUUACGGAAAGGAAAACCACAUGAAUGGCUGAAUGGAGCGGGUAUUAAAGUCACUACAGCUG